AUGACUGAAAUUGACCAGUCUAUUCUGGAUGAUGUUGACAUGUACCAUGACAAAAAUGAUACUAGUAAUGAAGAUGAAUCUGUUAGCAAUUCAGAAUAUACUAUGGAGUCUAUGGAGCUUGAUAAUACUAUUUCAUAUAAGUGCGCAUGUAAUUUUGAGGACAGUGAGGGUGAAGCUCACAUUUAUGACAGCAGCCGAAUCAGUACAAAUACUUUUACCAAGGCUGAGUUGAUGAGUAUUCAUCUGUCUCAAUUGAUGCUACAGCAUAGAAUUGCUAGAGCAGCAUAUAGAGACAUUGUUCAAUUUAUAAACACUGUCAUCCGAGACCAUGACGAUAUAAUGAUGGAACCUGGGGCUAAGAUCAGUCAUGGCGAAACUGUUGAUGCUUUGCUCAAGUCAAAGUCAAGUGUCAACGGCCAUGAGUAUGAUGUCUGCUCUAGUGGUUGUCGAUUGUAUGGCAUUAAUGAUGACCUGGAAUCUUGUGUUGACUGCAGCAAACCGCGAUACAAGACUGAUCCCGAUCAAAGUCAGACACCAGCCGCCAGUAUGAAACUUAUAUCCAGCCACAAGAGAACUCCUCUGUUACAGAGCAAACCGGGAAUCUGUAGCUGGUCAGCUAACCGACAUUUUUGA